CUAUUGUUUUUAUAUGCCAUGGUUCCAGAUUUGACAGCAUGGUUUGCUAACCUAAAAAGUUGCCGCCUUGCAUCAAGAUGAAUGUAAUUAUUAAUUUAAUUAUAAUACUUUGGUCACAUUCAUUCAUCUCAAACUGAUAAAUAUCCGAUUAAAAAUUAACUAAAUUGGUCCAAGAUAUUCGGGAGAUUUUGUUUCUAGCUUAAAUUUAAUGUCAUAAUAUUUGACAUUUAAUAUACACCUAAAAAUGGUUCAAAUAAGUGAAAGGGAUAUUGUAACUAUAGGCGGAGUCCUAAAUGACUCCGCCAGGCCACUGAAGGAGAGAUUCCGCGCUCUGUUCACCCUGAAGAACAUCGGCGGGGCAACGGCGAUAGAACAGAUUCACGCGUGCUUCAAGGAUCCGUCGGCGUUGUUGAAGCACGAGCUCGCGUACUGCCUGGGUCAGAUGCGGGAUCCCGCGGCAAUUAGUAUCUUAACGGAUGUCCUGGAGGACCUGUCACAGGAGCCGAUGGUACGUCACGAGGCUGGAGAAGCACUGGGUGCUAUCGGUGAGUCAAGUGUAAUUCCGUUGUUGGAAAAGUAUCGCAAGGAUCUUACACCCGAAGUGGCGGAGACGUGCGAGCUGGCCCUGAGCCGCUUGAGAUGGUUAGAGUCCAACGGCGACGCAAAGCAGGACCUGCAAAAGAAUCUGUACUCGACCGUUGAUCCCGCGCCACCGAUGGAAGUGACAGACGUGAGUGUCCUGAGGGAUACUCUGCUGGACGAGGGCAAGUCGCUGUUCGACAGGUACAGGGCGAUGUUCUCGCUGAGAAACCUGGGCACCACAGAGAGCAUUCUCGCCCUUGCCGAAGGUUUGAAGGCCGGUAGCGCCCUGUUCAGGCACGAGGUAGCGUUCGUACUGGGACAACUUCAGAACGAGGCGUCCGUGCCGGGACUGCAGGCGUCGUUGGAAGACACGCAGGAGAAUGAGAUGGUCAGGCACGAGUGCGCGGAGGCAUUAGGCUCCAUCGCCACUCCUGAGUGCUACGAGAUACUGAACAGAUACCUCGACGAUAGCAAAAGGGUUGUCCGUGAGAGCUGCGUCAUCGCCUUGGACAUGUGCGACUACGAGAACAGUGCGGAGUUUCAAUACGCAGACACGCUGACCAAGCUUCCCACCGCGUGAAGAUAAUCCAUCUUUGAAAUGUUUUAUUAUAUAUUGUAUUAUAUAAUUGUAUUUUCCGAAUGAAAGAAGAGAGAUGUAAAUAAUUUCCCUUACAAUUAGGCAUACAUUUUCAUGCGUUUGCGCGAUGUUUUAAAGGAAAGCUAAGUAAAAGAAUUACAUUCCUUGUA